AUGGCCGCUUUCGGAGCUCUCUCUCCUUGUCCGUAUAGCCUCCUGUGGCGGCCGAAACCUACAAACCGCUGCGUUUCGUGCUCUGUUGGCUCUUCUGCUGUUACAGGUACACGUGGGUCGAAUGUUAAAAGAUCGGGAAGAAUGGAAGGGCCUCGGAAAAGCAUGGAAGACUCUGUUCAACGAAAGAUGGAACAAUUUUAUGAAGGCAGAGAGGGCCCACCAAUCCGUGUUUUACCAAUUGGUGGCCUGGGAGAAAUUGGGAUGAAUUGCAUGCUGGUUGGGAAUUAUGAUCGCUAUAUUCUGAUUGAUGCUGGUGUCAUGUUUCCGGACUUUGAUGAGCUUGGAGUCCAAAAGAUUAUACCUGAUACCACAUUUAUCAAAAAAUGGAGCCACAAAAUUGAAGCAAUUGUUAUUACACAUGGGCAUGAAGACCACAUUGGUGCGUUGCCUUGGGUGAUCCCAGCUUUGGAUCCCCGUACACCAAUAUUUGCAUCAUCCUUUACCAUGGAGCUUAUUAAAAAACGCCUGAAGGAACAUGGGAUUUUUGUUCCAUCUAGACUUAAGACAUUUAGAACAAAGAGGAAAUUUAUGGCUGGACCAUUUGAGAUUGAGCCUGUUCGGGUGACACAUUCAAUUCCUGACUGUUGUGGAUUAGUCCUUCGCUGUUCUGAUGGGACAAUUCUUCAUACUGGGGACUGGAAGAUUGACGAAUCACCAUUGGAUGGUAGAGGUUUUGACCGUGAAGCUUUGGAAGAACUUUCAAAAGAAGGAGUAACCUUGAUGAUGAGUGACUCUACAAACGUACUAUCACCUGGAAGGACAACGAGUGAAACUUCUGUGGCAGAUGCGUUGUUGAGGCAUAUUUCAGCUGCUAAAGGGAGGGUUAUUACUACUCAGUUUGCUUCAAACAUACACCGACUUGGAAGUGUGAAAGCUGCUGCUGAUUUUACCGGCAGAAAGUUGGUAUUUGUUGGUAUGUCCUUAAGGACAUAUCUUGAUGCAGCUUGGAAGGAUGGGAAGGCACCAAUUGAUCCAUCAUCCCUGGUGAAAGUGGAAGAUAUCGAUUCCUAUGCUCCAAAGGAUUUGCUAAUCGUCACAACCGGCUCUCAAGCAGAACCACGUGCUGCUCUAAAUCUUGCAUCAUUUGGAAGUAGUCACUCCGUCAAACUGACCAAAGAGGAUAUAAUUUUGUAUUCAGCUAAGGUAAUUCCUGGUAAUGAAUCUCGGGUUAUGAAAAUGUUAAACCGCAUAUCAGAGAUUGGGUCCACCAUAGUCAUGGGUAAGAAUGAGGGGCUGCACACAUCUGGUCAUGGGUAUCGUGGAGAACUGGAAGAAGUGCUUCAAAUUGUGAAGCCACAACAUUUUCUGCCCAUACAUGGAGAGCUCUUGUUUCUCAAAGAGCAUGAAUUACUUGGGAAAUCAACUGGCAUCCGGCACACCACUGUUAUAAAGAACGGGGAAAUGCUUGGGGUUUCUCAUUUAAGAAACAGAAGGGUACUUUCUAAUGGUUUCACCUUGCUUGGAAAAGAGAAUUUGCAGUUGAAGUUUAGCGAUGGCGAUAAAGCAUUUGGUACAUCAAGUGAACUUUGUGUUGAUGAGAGACUAAGAGUUGCCUUAGAUGGCAUAAUAGUGGUCAGCAUGGAAAUUUUACGCCCUCAAAAUGUAAAUGGUCUGACUGAAAAUAGCAAUUAA